AUGAAUUUUGUAUCUGGAGUUGUUGAUAUUAUCAAACCUCGAAUUGACGACUCUGGAGCUGAUCGUAUGAAUUAUUACUACACCACUAUGAUUAUUAUGGGAGUUUCCGUAAUGAUUUCUGCUAGGCAGGUUGCUACCCAGUUAAUAUACUACCAAUGGGUACCAUUUAUAAUGGGCUUAGAAGCGCUGUUCUUCUUCUUACCUGCAAAAGUGUGGGGCUUGAUGAAUCGUAGCUCUGGCAUGAAUAUAGAAAGUAUGGUCAAGACGGCGCAAAGUGCAGAUGACGCGGAUACUGCAGAUCGAGAAAAGGGCAUAGCCAUUAUUUGCCUACACCUUGAAGACUGUAUCAAGCUUCAAGCGGCCAGGCGCGAAGGAGCCACUUUUUGGAAGCAUAUCGUUAAAUUAGGAAAGCUAGAUGGUACCUAUCUGGCGAAGUGGUUUGUCGUCGUAUUCUUCUACACUCUCAUCGAUACAUUUCAAUUGCUAUUGAAAAAUCGGCUUCAUGGAAGUCAAGCUAAAUACGUGAGAAAAUACCUCACCCUUCGAGGUACUGACGAGCUCUUUGUCGACCAAUUCUGCACCACCAAAAUAUCGACCGACAUUAUGAUCAUAUUGCGAAUAAUUACCAAUCAUUCGAGUGAAUUUGUGACGAGGGAUAUAUUGGCGUUGCUGUGGAAAGAUUUUCGAAAAAAUAUACAUAAUGAUACUCACGACAGUGCGCUCUACGAUGAGACGAGAUCAUUAACGAAAGCA